GUUCGAAAAUCGACCAGAAUCGAGAUGCGGCAGCAUCAAAGAGACAUGGAUUCGACGCCGCUCUUGUCCAAGGACUCGGAGGACACGCUGUUCUCGGCGAGUUGGCUGGUCGAAGACGCGUUCCUAUGUGUUUCCCGUCCAGAACCAGUGCCCACUCCACUCGCCCGUCGGAUGUACGUCGUGCACUCGGAGCUCGCGUUCGUCGGUCGGCUCGUCCUGUACGUGCUGAUUGGACUCGCUUUUGUGCAAACUCCGCACUGGUGUGACGAAUCCAAACCAGUUUUCCCAUGCGGCGACCCCAGCGACCGCUCCACCCCCAUGACGUUCCAGAUCAACUACCUCUCCACGAGGCAGAGCUACUGGAUCGAAGCCACCUGUCUCGUGCUUUUGCUCGCCAAUAUCCUCGUGCCGUAUAUGUACCUACACGGCCGCUUCUUGGUGCGACAUGAAAGGUACCCCAAUCAUCUGCGGCGAGUGUCGUCCUCAUACUCAUGGUGGUAGUCGGGUGGAGCUCGGACUCGUUCUGGUGAGCUUACUCGAUUUGACCUUGUCCGCGGCUUUGCCGACGGUGUAUGCACCCAUAGCCAGCCUGCGCCUCCACGACUACAUUCGCAUCGCGCUGCUCAUCACGACAAACACGGUGCUGCGUCGGUCGCUCCGAAAGAUCUUGCUCGUGCUGUCCGAGAUCUACAGCAUCCUCAGCCUUGUGUUUGUGUUCAUUUUGUUUUACGCGUGGAUGUCCAUCGUCCUCUUCAGCGGUACCCCCGAAGGCGAUGCCCAAAUGCCAAACAUGAUUGAAGCGAGCUGGCACUUUCUCAUUCUCCUCACAACGUCCAACUUUCCCGACAUCAUGAUGCCUGCGUACAACGCGAACCGCGUCACGUGCCUCUUCUUCAUGCUGUUCAUUUGCUUUGGCCUAUUUUUUCUCAUGAACAUCGUGCUGGCCGUCAUUUUCAACAACUUUGCGCGGUACACCGAGGCGGAAGCGUCCCUUCGGCAUGCCAUUCGCAAGGAAAAGCUCACGCAGGCGUUCCAGCUCUUGGCCACCAAGCAAGAGGCGGCGUCGAGACCCGGCGGCAUCCCAUUGGACAUGUGCGUCCGCAUGUUUGACGAGCUCAAUCGAUGCCAACACGUGUCGCAUAUUCAAACAACCAAAAUGCAUCAAGUGUUUGCCGCCCUCGACACGAACGGCGACAACGAGAUCCAACUCGACGAGUUCCUGCACACGUGCGACGUCCUGGAGAUGCUCCUCUUUGCCGACAACGUGUCCAAGUCUGAAGUUGAACUAUGGUGCCCCGUCGUGGCCCACGCCCAUUGGUUUGCCACGUUUGCCACCAUGAUUCGCAGCCAGUCGUUUGAAUGGGUAGUGGACGCGGCUUUAGUCUUGAACGCCGUCCUCGUCGUCAUCGAGUCGUCCGGCGUCAUCUACGGCCAUAACACAUCCACCGCCGACCACUGGGCUGGAUGGGACCACUUUGAAGUGGCGUUCACGACACUGUACGUGUUUGAGAUGAUGGCUAAGAUCGUCAUCGACGGCACGCGGCGGUACUGGGCAUCCGUGAAGAAUCGCUUCGACUGCAUCAUCACCGUGGCCGUGGUGGGCGUCGACGUGUUCACGUACGUCGGCCGCGCGUCGCCAUCCCCACAGUUGAUCAAAGUGUUUCUCAUUGCCCGGUGUCUGCGACUGUUUCGGCUCAUCAUCAACAUUCGAGGGUACCGAGUGAUCAUUACCACGUGGUUUCGGCUACUUCAAUUCGGCAUGCACUUGCUCCUGCUCCUGUUUUGCCACAUGUAUAUCUUUGCCUUACUCGGCAACCAACUGUUUGGCGGGCGGAUCUCCCCCAGCAUUAUGACCACCCACUUCCCCAACGACCCGUACACCCAAGCCGGCUACAUGGCCAACAAUUUCAACGAUAUGCCAAGCGCCAUCGUCACACUCUUCGAGCUCAUCCUCGUCAACAACUGGGUCGUGAUUGCGGGCGGACACGUUGCCGUCACGUCAACUUACGCGCGGUGGUUCUUCAUCACGUACUACGUGCUGGGCGUGACGUUCUUGCUGAAUUUAGUCGUCGCGUCCAUCUUGGACGUGUUCCUAGACGAGUACAAGACAGAGCAGGCCAAUAAUUUGGAGUGUGCUUCCAAAGACGACAAGGCCAGUUCCAUCACGUUGCCGCUUCAACGGGUAGACCUUGCAUUAAACAAAUCCCUGACCCAGCGGACCCACUAUGGCACCACCAACUCGUCGUAGUCGACGGCCCUCGGUCAGAAUUGCUGUCGAACAUACUUAGAUUUAUACAUAUAACUCUUUCCAGUCCACAGUACUAAUCACGUUAUUAUUGCUUCUACUGCAUUGCUGAAA